AUGGCUUUGGCUCUGAAGUUCUUUACAUGCCUUGUUUUGACGGUGUGCAUUGCCGCAUCAGUAGAUGCAGCACUUACAUGUAAUACAGUGACAAGUAGCUUGGCUCCAUGUGCCAACUACCUAUCGAAAGGUGGGGCGGUGACGGCUCCAUGUUGUGAAGGAGUCAAAAAAUUGAAUGGUCUGGCUCAAACCACACUGGACCGCCAACAAGCUUGCAAAUGCCUAAAGGCCGCUGCAGAGAGCAUUGAUCCAAGUCUAGCCUCUGGCCUUCCUGGAAAGUGCAGUGUUAGCAUUCCCUAUUCUAUCUCCAUGGACACCAACUGCGACAAUGUCAAGUGAAGUGGGACGCAUACCAUUGUAUGGAUGAUGAGUAUGGUUUAUCAUAAGUAAAAUAAAAAGGUCUAUGUACGCUGACCUCACCAUGCUCCCGGUUGUCUUUUUUUUUUUUUGUUGUUGAAAAGUUUGUCAUGUUACUUUGUAAUCUUUUGGUCUAUAUAUUGUAUCUUAAUUAUGUUUAAGAUGUGACAAUAGUACGUGUGUUU